GCGGCGGUACAAAAAAAAUGGCCAUCGUCAGAUUCGGCGAAGUAUCGGAGCCUUUUUUAAUAAACUGUCCUUUCCAGUAAACCGAGCGGCGCAGCGGUUUAAUGAUUACAGAGGAAACAUUUGACUGAUCCUUCUUUAUGGAGCCACAGCAGGACGGCUUGAACUGAGACAGCUUUGAUACUCGGCUAGACGCAGCGCUCACCGGACGUCGGGAUGGCGAGCAGGAGGAAAUCCACCACCCCCUGCAUGGUUCCUCCUCGAGAAACCGUCGACUCGGAUCAGGAGAUGGAGGACGUCGCGGAGGCAGCCGAACCGGAUGACAGUAACGGCGUGGCGACCGUCUCCUCGGAGGUUUCCGGGCCGCUGGAGGAGCGGGGCGAGGACGCGGACGGCAGGCAGGUGUCGGACCACUAUCUGGACUCCAACAUGGCAGAGGGAGGCUACGAGUGCAAAUACUGCAACUUCCAGACGGCGGAGCUCAACCUGUUCACCAUGCACGUGGACACGGAGCAUCCCGACGUCGUCCUCAACACCUCCUACGUCUGCAUGGAGUGCGACUACCACACCAAGAGUUACGACACGCUGCUGGCCCACAACGCUCGCCUCCACCCGGGCGAGGACAACUUCACACGGACGAUGGUGAAGCGGAACAACGAGACCAUCUUCCAGCAGACGGUCAACGACCUCACCUUCGACGGCAGCUUCGUCAAAGUGGAGGACGACGAGGCCGAGGAGACGUCGCGCAGAGGCAUCGCCCUCAGCAAGACGCCCAUCAUGAGGAUCAAGAGCCGACCGGAACCCAAGAAGUUCGCCGCCUUGCACAAGAUGGCCGUAGACGACGUCAUCAAAGUGGAGAGCGACGACGAGGACGACGAGAACAAGGAGCCGCCCACGCUGUCUCCCGCCCCGAUGACCCCGGCCGCCCUCGCCCCUCGCCUCAUCCCCGUCUCCGCGCCGAUGCACGUCCAGGCCGUCCCGCAGAGCAUCGUGGUCAACAGCCCCAACGUGCUGCAGAUUAAAGGCGGCUCGGGCGGCGGCGCCGUGCUGCCUCCCGGGACGCUGGCUCAGGUUCUGUCGGCCCUGCAGAACCAGCAGAACAGCACUCAGACGCAGACGCAGCUCCUCAUCCCCAUCAGCAGCAUCCCCACCUACAACACGGCCAUGGACAACAACGUCCUGCUGGUCAGCGCUUACAACAGGUUUCCGUACCCGUCGGUGUCGGAGAUCAUGGGCUUGUCUUCGCAGACCAAGUUCAGCGAGGAGCAGAUUAAAGUCUGGUUUUCUGCUCAGAGGCUGAAACACGGAGUCAGCUGGACGCCGGAGGAGGUGGAGGAGGCGAGAAGGAAGAAGUUUAACGGCACGGUGCAGACCGUCCCUCAGACCAUCACCGUCAUCCCUGCCAACAUCGCUGCCGCCACCAACGGCCUGCAGUCCAUCUUCCAGACCUGCCAGAUCGUCGGCCAGCCGGGCCUCGUCCUCACUCAGGUGGCCGGCAACGGCAGCACCAUGCCAGUCGCCUCUCCCAUCACCCUGACGGUCGCAGGCGUCCCCGGCAACCAGCCCAAAGCCGCCGAACCGUCGACGUCGGAAUCGAAGACAGAGAUGUCGGCCGGCACAGCGCUCAGUUUGGACGCGUCGGCAACCAAACCGAAGAAGUCCAAGGAGCAGCUGGCGGAGCUGAAGGCGAGCUACGGCAGGAGGCAGUUCGCCACCGAGGCGGAGAUAUCACGACUCAUGCAGGUCACCAAACUCUCCAAACGAGCAAUAAAGAAGUGGUUCAGCGACACGCGCUACAACCAGAGGAACUCGAAGGAUCACCACGGUGUCCUGCUGAGCGAAACGCCGCCCAGCAGAGCGGCGGCGCCGGGAGGAGGCCGAGCAGCAAGGAACAACAGUGGCAGCCUUAACGACAGCAACAACAGCGAUAUCAACACCACCAUCGUCAUCGACUCCAGUGACGACGCCAGCGACUGCUCCCCAACUUCUGCCAACGCCCCGGGCUCGUCUGGCUCCUCCAGCGACCCGCGGGUCAAAUUCCGCCACGCCUUCCCCGACUUCACGCCACAGAAGUUCAAGGAAAAGACUCCGGAGCAGCUGCUCAUCCUGGAGGCCAGCUUCCAGAAAUCAGACACGCCGUCGGACGAGGAGCUGAGCCGACUGCGCGCCGAGACGAAGCUGACGCGACGCGAGGUGGACGCUUGGUUCACCGAGAGGCGGAAAAUGCCUUCAGCAGCACAGUCAAAGGACGAGGACGUCGAGGGGGACGGCGAGAAGAUGAAACCGGCUGCUGCGCCUUCAUCUUCGGCUCAGGAGCGGCAGACCACUCCACCCUCCAGCAGGAAGGCGAUGAAGAAGACGCCGGAGCAGCUCCACAUCCUGAAGAAGGCCUUUGUCCGCACGCAGUGGCCGACAGCCGAGGAGUACGACCAGAUGGCGGACGAGAGCGGUCUGCCGAGGACGUACAUCGUCAACUGGUUCGGAGACACACGUUACGCCUGCAAGAACAGCAACCUGAAGUGGUACUACCUCUACCAGAGUGGGAAGGUGGAUGAGGCGCUGAACGGUGGAGCCAAGAGCCAGAAGAAGUCCAGAAAGCGUUUCCGUGGUUGGUCCAGGAGGACACGCCGGCCUUAUCCCUGCAAACGAUCCCCAAUGGGGGGCGCCACUGCCAUCAAGGUGAAGUCCGGUAAGUCGUUUCUGAAGGACUACUACCUCAAACACCGAGCCCUGAGCGAGAAAGACCUGGACGACCUGGUGACCAAGUCCAGCAUGAGCUACGAGCAGGUCAGGGACUGGUUCUCCGAGACCGCCAGGAGGGUGGAGGAGGGCAAGGAGCCUUUCAGCGACGAGGAGGCCGAGGGAGAGGAGGGGGAGGAAGAGGACGAGGAGGAGGAGGAAGAGGAGGAAGAGGAGGAGGAAGCGGCGGCGGAGCACGCAGACAGCGAGGGAGAGAUGGAGGUGAAAGAACAAGGAGAGGAGGCCACUGACGACGACUGCAACGAGGAGGAGGAAGAGGAGGAGGAAGCCGAGGACGUCGACGACGACGACAAUGACGAAGUGAUCCAGGAGGAAUCUGAAGGUGUCAUCCAAUCACAGCCUCUGACAGAGGAGCAGACAUGAGCAGACAGCAUUAACGUUUCUUCCCCCACCGUGGAGACGACUUGGAGGACGAUAUGUGUCAGUGUUUCUCAGCUGGCGGCUCGGGACCCAAAGACGGCCGCAGACGGAUGCUCGGACAGACAGUCGCAGCUCAGAUGGAUCACUAAAACCACGGGUUCUGUGCCUUUGGAGAUGAACUUUGGGUCCUGAUGCAGCUGAGAAGCACUGAGAGGAAGGAGCUGAAUCAACGGACAAAGCAUCAGGAUGUAGUUUGUUUUCUGCCGAUGAACUGUGGGGACCAACGAACGCGCAGGACGACGCCUCCUCUCGCCGCCACGAGAGUAAGUUCCAGCUCUGCUCCUGUACAAAUAACAAGGCUUUUAUUUUGGCCUUUUGUGUCAUUUUUCUUACAAAAAGAAAAAAAAAAUCAAUGUUUUAAGGUAAACUUUGUAUAAAGGAAAAAACAAUAAAUCAAACCCUUUCUAAGAGGUGAGACCUCGCAUGGAUUUCUCAUUAAAAUAAACUUUUUUCAGAAUAAUGGACCAUCAGAGCUUUUUCUCAAGGGAACGUCCUCUCCCCAAAUCCAACAAUGAAAACAUUUUGUUCUGAAAAGAAAAGGUUUUUAAAACCAAACUUUUUGUUUUGUUUUGUUUUGUGAAUAGACAGCUCAAAUUAGUGCCAUUCUGUUUUCUAAGUUUUUGUUUUUAAAUCAAAGAAUCAGUGCUGGAACGAAUUCCACGUUGACGUUUUAACGUUUUUGUAUUUUUUUCCAAGUGAUCUGUUGAAGUCUGAACGACAUCUAAUAUAAUGGGGACUGAAUCCAUUAUACUAUUAUUAUUAUGCUAUUAUGAGUUCUUUUGAAUAUGGUGAUAAUUUCCAUGUUAGCAGGUGUUUGGGUCCAUUUUAGUUUCAAUGACAUCAAUUCAGUUUGUGAAUUUACCGCCAAAAAACUCAAAUGGAAGAUCCACCUUAAAACUCCUCAUUAAACAAUCAUUCAGAUUUAUUAUUCCCACAAUGCAACUGUACAACUAAUGCUGAAAACUUCAAGUAGAGCCAAACUGAUAUUACAUUUUAGAGGCCAAUAUUAAUCUUUACUUUAAUUUGUCGGCUGAACACAAACAUUUUUAUAAUAAUUCCUUAAAUUUGGUUAUGAAAGAACUGAGACUAAAAUAUAUAAAGAGAGAGAGAGCGGCACAUUUAACAGUGUAAAAAUUAUCGGCCGAUGUGUUUGCUGGUGCGUUUUUCUGAGCUGCCGGUUUACACCAGUGGUUCCCAACCUGGAGGUCGCCAAAGCUUCACUGGGGGUCGCCAGGCCUUCUUGAUGUUAGUGGGUGUAAGAGAAGUCUUAAAGUAUACACAGGAGGCCAAAAGCUAAAUAUAAUCAGCAUUUUGUCAAAUUCUGUGAAGAAAAUUGAAUAUUUGGCUUAAAUACACAAUAGAGACGGAGGAUUGUAUAAAAAGUUCCUAAAACCAACAGAAAACUCACCUCUGAUAUAAUAUUGACAGGAAAUAAUGAUCCAAAUCUCUGGUUUUACGCUGCGGUCACUGAGAGGUUGGGAGCCGCUGCUUUACACCAACAGUCCAUCAGAAAUGUGUUGAUCUGGUCCGCAGGCAAACACCAUUUAACUUACACAGUUUGAAAUAUUAGCCUCAGAUUUCACUGCCCACACAAAUGUUUCUAUGCAUAAAGUCUGUGAGGGUCCAGUGUGUGUGUGUGUGUGUGUGUGUG